AUGGCCUCACAGAACAACCCAGACAAGAGCUGGGAGGAGAAGGAGCACCAAGAGAAGAAGAUGGAGCAGCCAAAGUGCAGCCCUAAGAAAGCAGAGGAGGAAGAGGACAACAUAGAGGAGGAGGAUGAGAAUGAUGACUAUGAUGAUGCUGACUGUGAGGGGGAGAACGGUGGGGAUGCAUAUCACCAAGAUGAUGAAAAGAAGGAGGGGCACUGUCACAUUCACACCAGAGAGAAGCUGUUUCCCUGUGCUGAGUGUGGCAAGAGCUUCACCUACAGGUCUGCCCUCCAGCCCUCACACACCAGUGAGAAGCCUUUCACCUGUGCUGACUGUGGCAAGAGCUUCAUCCAGAAAUUCAAUCUUGCUAUCCACCAACACACACACGCUGGCAAGAAGCCUGUUGUGACUGCAGCAGGAGUUUCACUCAGAAGUCCUCUCUCAUCACACACCAUUGUGUCCACACUGGGGGCCACCAAGGUCCAAGGGCUGAUCUACACACCCAGUAUGGCCCAGCAGAAGGCCCUGGAGACCCCCCUCCAGAAUAAGUUAGAGGACCUCAACUUCCCUUACCGCCCCGAGCAGACAAAGGCGGCGCAGAGCAGGAGGCCGAGGCGCAGCUCAGCGCGCAGGCAGCUGCCAAGCGCCGGCCCCGGCAGGCUCCCGGCGGCCUGGGCGGGCAGAGAGCGCUGCAGCAGAAGCCCCGCAGCGGAGCCUGCCCUUGCGCGCGGCGCGUCCCAGCGCAGCGGCGGCGGAGCUGGGGCCGGAGAGGAAGUGCCGCCCGCAGCGGAGCGGCGGCAGCCAAGGGGAGCCGCAGGAGCUCGGCAGCUCCGCCCCGGCGCCCAGGAGCUGCCCCUGGCGCCCGCGGGCGCCAGUGGUGCUGCUGCCGCCAGCCUGCGCUGGGCUCUGCCUCGGCCUCGGCCUCUGCUCUGCGCCGCCUUUGGGCCGGCUGCCAGGCACUUGGUCCCCAGGGAGUUGCCCAAGGGCACAGGGGUGCCCCUCCCCACCAGCAGCAUGGCCACCCAGAAGGGCAUGGACAAAAUUCUGGAGGAGAAGAACCAUUUGGAAAAUAAUUUGGAGGAGCCAAAGCACAGCCUCAAGGAAGGUGAGGGUGAUGAAGACAUGGAUAAGGAGGGCAUAGAGGAUGAACUACAUGAGGAAGAUGAUGAUGAGUAUGAGGAAGAUGAAGGGGAUGAUGUGGAAGAAGAGGAGGAUGAAGAGGAGGAGGAGGAUGAAGAGGAAGAGGAGGAUGAAGAGGAAGAAUGCAGAGCCACAUUAACCCCCUCUGUGUCACUGAAGCAACCAAAUCAGUGCCUCGAGUGUGGGUGGAGCGUCCCACCCAGCUCAGAGUUGGUGAAGCCUCACUGCCCCCACCCCAAUGCCCAGCCCUUUGUCUGUGGUGACUGCAGCCACAGCUUCAGCCUCAUAUCCAAACUCACCCAGCACCACAGAGUCCACAGCAAGCAGAAGCUGUUUGUCUGUGCAGGCUGUGGCAAGAGCUUCACUCGCAGCCUGACCCUCAUUGCCCACUGGCACAGCCACACUGGGAAGAAGCCCUUUGCCUGCACCGACUGCACCAAGAGCUUCCGCCAUGGCUCCUGCUACCUCCAGCACCGCCAUGCUCACACUGGAGAGAGGCCGCAUGUCUGUGGCGACUGUGGCAAAAGCUUCCAAGGGAACUCCAUGCUCAUUGCUCACUGGCAGGUCCACGCUGGUGAGAAACCCUUCACCUGCAGUGACUGUGGCAAGAGUUUCAGUGUCAGCUGCCAUCUCUUCCGGCACCAUCGUGUCCACACCGGUGAAAAGCCAUACCACUGCACUGGCUGUGGCAAGAGCUUCCGUUGGAGCAAGACUCUCAGCACUCACUGGCGUGUUCAUGCUGGCAAGAAGCUCUUUGCCUGCACUGGCUGUGACAAGACCUUCAGCCACCUCUCCCACUUCAUCCAGCACUGCCAUGUCCACACUAGCAAGAGGCUCUGCAAGUGCAGUGACAGUGGCAAGAGCUUCAGUGGUAGCUAUGACCACAACCUCCUUUCCAAGGUGGCAUUGUGCAGCAGUGAGAAGCAGCCAACAGUUCCAAAAGUCAUUGCCAACAUCUGCACCAAGUGCCAGCAGAGCUUCAGCAAGCACUCGGCCUUGGUGCGGCACAUGCAGACCCACAGUGGUAAGAGGCCGCAUGGCUGCACUGACUGCGGUAAGAGCUUCAGCUCCAAAUUCAACCUCACUGUCCACCGCAGGACCCACACUGGGGAAAAGCCAUUCCAGUGUGCUGACUGCGGCAAGAGCUUCACCCGGAGGUUUACACUUGCCCAGCACCGCCGUAUUCACACUACUGAGGGACCAUGUGUCUGCAGCAGCUGCGGUAAGAGCUUCAGUUCCAAAUGCAGCCUCACCAUGCACCGCCAAACCCAUGCUGGUGAAAAGCCAUUCCAGUGUGCUGACUGUGGCAGGACCUUCACCCGCAGGUCCAUUUUCACCCAGCACCGUCGCACCCACAGUGGUGAGAGGCUAUACGACUGUGGUAACUGCAGCAAGAGCUUUACCGCAAAGUCCACCCUUACGCAGCACUGCCGCAUCCACACAGGUGAGAAGCCCUUCACCUGCACUGACUGUGGCAAGAGCUUCAGCCGCAAGUUCCAUCUCACCCGGCACCACCGAGUGCACACAGAUGAGAAACCUCUCACCUGCAACAACCACUGCAAGAGGUUCACCCACAGCUCCCACCUAGACCAUCAUAGUCGCACCCACACUGGCAAGAAGCUGUACUGCUGUGCUGAGUGUGGUGUGAACGUCAGUUCCAACUUCAGCCUCACCCAGCACCGCUGUGUUCACACAGCUUCACCCAGGACUCACCACACCGCCGAGGAAAAUGAAGGUGGCAGUGCUCAGCCUGGCUCUGCUCUUCACCAUCCUGCUCUGCACCCCAGCAGAUGCCAAGGCAGUGCUGGAAGUCAUUAAGGAGAAGCCUGAGUUGGAUGUGGAUAUCCCCAGACUUCAGCCAUUGGACGAUGUCGUGCCCCCUCUGAUGGAUGACGCGAAAGAGCGACAGCGCCAGAAGCGCCU